GCCACUCAGCCACCGUAUCAUGCCAGGGGACACUGGCACCUCCCACAGGUCUGUCUCCUUUCUCCACCCAGGAAGCUAAGCAACCAUUCCUGCUGGACUUGUCAGACCUGGGACAAUGCAAGCUGUGGAUCUCUGUGUAGUGUCCUUUCUGAAGUGUGACCAUCACCAUGGGCCUCGCAUGGGCCCUGCUGUCCUUCCUACUCCUGGCCUUCAGAGGUGGGCUCCUUGCCCUCCAGCCAGCUUCUGGAUCUCAGCGACCCUUAGCCUCCUCCUCACACUCCAUGGGCUCCUCCCAGGGCUUUGCUUCAAAUGUCUCCUCCAGCCAGCCCCCCAGCUGGAACUUUUCAGAUCAGCCUCCAGGUUCAGAAGCCUCUGCUGGAAUCCCUGACCCCAACUGGUUUCCUCAGGGGCUGAAUUCAAGCCAUGUGCCUGGAUUAACCAGGACCAACGUCUCUGCUGGGGGACAGUAUCUCAGCCUUGAUGUCAUCUCCUCCAAAAUCCCUCCUUCCGGAGUGUCUCUUGAUGGUUUAGAUUCUCAAGAUCCUGCCAAAGACUCUGGGCCUUCCUUCUCUGUCAAGACUCCAGCUUCACAUAUAUCAGUUCAAGCUCCAGACACCGAAGUACCCACCAAAGCCCCGGGUUCAAAGCUAUCCCUGGAGCAUCACAACCUUGAACUUUCUGUCCAGAACCCUGGAUCCAAAAUUUCUUCAGAGACUCACCAGGCUGCAGGCUUCCCUCAGCAAGUGGGGGGACCCCUGGCUGUGCUAGUGGGAACCACCAUCAAGCUCCCCUUGAUUCCAGUCCCCAGCCCCAGUCCCCCUGCUCCUUUGGUGGUCUGGCGCCGGGGUUCCAAGGUAUUGGCAGCUGGGGGUCUGGGGUCCCAGGCCCCACUAAUCAGUCUGGAUCCCAUGAAUCAAGCCCGCCUGAGAUUUGACCAGAUUCGAGGGAGUCUGGAACUCACCUCUGCUCGGCUGGAUGAUGCUGGGGUGUACACAGUUGAGAUCAUCAGGGGAGGAGUCUCCCAGCAGAUUCGGGAGUUCGUGGUGGGUGUGUAUGAGCCCUUACCCCAGUUGUCAGUACAGCCCAGGGCGCCAGAGACAGAAGAAGGGGCAGCCGAGCUGCGGCUAAGAUGCAUGGGGUGGAACCCAGGUAGCGGGAAACUGAGCUGGAGUAGAGACGGACGAGCCCUGGAGACCUCAGAUUCUGAAGGCACAGAGCCACCUCGCAUCCGGGCAGAACGGGACCAGCUGCUCAUCUCACGUCCGGUACGCAGUGACCACGCCCAGUACACUUGCCAUGUCCGAAGCCCCUUUGGCCACACCGAAGCUGCAGCUGACGUCAGUGUUUUCUACGGCCCGGACGCUCCUGUCAUUAGGGUCUCUUCGGACCGUGACGCCAGUCCUGCGCUCUACGUCACUGCGGGCAGCAAUGUGACCUUGCAUUGCUCGGCCCCCUCGCGGCCGCCUGCGGACAUCGCCUGGAGUCUGGCGGACCCCACUGAGGCCGCAGUGCCUGCGGGGCCUCGCCUCCUGCUGCCCGCCGUGGGGCCAGGCCAUGCGGGCGCUUACGCCUGCAUCGCCGCGAACCCCCGCACUGGCCACCGCCGGCGUUCAGUGUUCAACCUCACUGUGGCGGAUCUGCCCCCCGGGGCCCCACAAUGCUCAGUGGAAGGGGGUCCCGUGGACCGCAGCCUCCGCUUUCGCUGCUCCUGGCCUGGCGGGGUCCCUGCCGCCUCCCUGCAGUUUCAGGGUCUCCCCGAAGGCGUCCGUGCCGGACCGGUGCCUUCUGCUCUCCUCGUGACUGUCCCCGCCCGCCCGGAGCUCGUCGGCGUCGCUGUCACCUGCCUGGCCCGCCACCUGGUGGCCACGCGCACCUGCACAAUCAUCCCGGAAGCCCCCCAGGAAGUGCUGCUUCAGCCAAUAGUAGAGGAGACAGAGCCAGGGGAUGUGAUGGUGGCACUGGAGGUCACUGGCUGUCCCCCACCCUCAAGAGCAUCCUGGGCCCGGCAAGGACGGCCCCUGGCUCCAGGCGGUGGGGGUCGACUACAGCUUAGCCAGGACGGCCGGAAGCUCCUCAUCAGUAACUUCAACCUGGACUGGGACCUGGGGAAUUAUUCUGUGCUAUGCAGCAGUGCACUGGGCGCUGGGGGCAACCAGAUCACCCUUAUGGGGCCCGCCAUUUCCUCCUGGAGGCUGCAGAGAGCCCAGGAAGCUGUAGUGCUCACCUGGGAUGUAGAGCGAGGCACCCUCCUCACUGGCUUUCACAUCCAGGCAUGGACAGAUAGCUCUCAUCUGGACAGAGUCACCAUGAGUAGGGACUGGGUCUCCCUGCUCAUUCUGGGCCCUCAGGAACGGUCAGCCAUAGUGCCACUCCCUCCUCGGAACCCUGGAACCUGGGCCUUUCGAAUCUUGCCCAUCUUGGGGUCUCUGCCAGGGACCCCAUCCCAAAGUCGAGUCUACCAGGCAGGCUCUACCCUGAGUCCAGGGGCCAUCGCUGGCAUCGUCCUUGGCUCCCUGUUGGGCUUGGCACUGCUUGCUGGUCUUGUCCUCCUGUGUAUCUGCUGCCUGAGGCGUUUCCCAGGAAGGACUUCUGUGAAAAAGCAACACUCCCUGACCUUGGCUCCCGUGCUCACCCCACCAGCAAAAAAGAUACAGAGUUUGACCUCAGUGGAAACCUCACGGCCCCUUCCCAUCAAAACCCAGAUGCAGAACCCUCACCGGGCCAAGGCUCAACAAGUGAGUGUGGGUGUCCUUGCCUCCCACUAUGAGGGACAAGUAGCUUUUUGGGAGAAAGGAGUAUUUUAAUGUUUUCCAAUGUCCUUCUAGUUUUACUUCAUGACUUACAGAAUGUCCUAAUUAGGAUUACUAUUGCUGUGACAAAACACCAUAACCAAAGCAACUUGGAGGAAGAAAAGGGUUUAUUUGGCUUAAACUUUCAUCAAAGAAGUCAGGACCGGAAUUCAAACAGGGCAGGAGCUAGAAGCCAUGGAGGAGUGCUGCCUACUGGCUUGCUCAGCUUGCUUUCUUAUAGAACCAGGACCACCAGCCUAGGAGUAGUCCCACCCACAAUGGACUGGGCCCUCCCAUAUCAAGUACUAAUUGAGACACUGUCCUAUAGGCAUGCCUGCAGCCCUAGCUCAUGAGAAGAUUUUCUCACUUGAGCUUCCCAUCUCUCAGAUGACUAGUCCGUGUCAAGUUGGCAUAAAACUAGCCAGCACACAAAGGUCAAUAAAACUUACUUAAACACAGGGCCUUGCUAUGUAUCAUAGGCUGUAUGACUAAGAAUCCUCCAACCUCUACUUCUUCUGUUCAGUAGACAUCACAUCUGGCUCAUGUGCAUCUGAGGAUGGGACCUGGAACCUGUAUAUUCUAGGCAGAUGCUCUUCCAGCCAAGCAGCAGCCCUAGCCCCUCGAGCUUUGUUUUGUUUUGAAUACCAGUGGUUAGACUUCUUGCUCAGCUCUUAGGCAUAUUAAACGAAUAAUCCAUUCCAAUUCAUCUUCCCAAGGAGACUGAGAUGUGACUUCUGUUUCCCAUGAAAAUUAGUUCAGACCUCCAUUAUAAAGCUCUGAGGUAGAUGGAAUUUCCUCGUUAUCCCAUACAAGUUGAGCUAUUGGACACCUUAGCUCCCAGGGGUGACUGAACAGUUUUGCAUUGGUACACAGAGGAUCCGCACCUGAAAUCAUAGUGCUUCCAGAGACGAAAGCAGGAAGAUCACAGCAAAUUCAAGGUCACUCUGGGUGUUAUAACAGGACUCUGUCUCAGAAAAGCAAAACAAAAAGCAACAAAAAAAAGAAAGAAAAAAACAAAAAGAGAGGAAGGAAAAGGAAGGGGUAGAGAAGGAGGAGGAGAAGGAGCUCAGCUAGUUUCCUGUUAAGAUUUUAUUUUUAUUUUAUGUGUGAACGUGUUUGGCCUGCAUGUAUGACUGUGCACUGCAGGCAUGUAGUGUUCUCAGAGGCCAGAAGAGGGCAUCAGAUCCCCCAAACUGGAAUGGCAGACAGUUGUGAGCUGCCAGGUAGAUACUGGGAAUUGAACCCAGGUCCUCAGUUAAGAGCAGUAAGUGCGCUUAACCACUAAGCCAUCUCUCUAGUCCCUCAGUUAGGUUCUGAAAGGCUCAGGCUAUAAUGGAAGGUUAAGUGGGCAUGUCAUUUUGUAGCCAGGAUACUCCCUGAAGU